AUGUCCAACAAAUUAGCGGAAUCGCCACCAAGUCGCUCGUCUGGGCGGUCCAAGAUUAAACGAACAACGUCACCGGUCAUUAGUUCCCCUCCAAAACGUUCCCUGGAUAGUCCGUCAACUCCGAAACCCCGCCGUUUAAAGUCGGAUCUCGGUGUUUCAACCUCCAUUCAAAAAACUCCGCAAAAGCCGGAAUCGGUAUGGGAUAUAAUAGACGCCGUUUCUCUAGCGUCGUCACCAACAAAUGGAUCACCAAGUCCACGACGCCAAAACCUAAUAGCUCGUAUGACUGGUCCUUCUUUGCCUAAAUUAAACGAAGGCGUCUCUCGUUCGAAUAGUUGGCAUCCGUCGAUAACGUCUCCGACAAAGUCACCACCUCGUAGACGAUUAUCCGCUGGGAUCCAUAGCGACUAUACCUCGCUCAUUGAAGCUGAAUUAGCAAAGAUUGAUACUUCUCCGUGUCCGUUGAUUACAUCGUCUUCUACAACAACGAUGCGCAGGGAGCAGAGUUUGUAUGAAGAUGUUACGGAUCCUGACUCCUUAAUGUCCCCGGAAAACGACAUAUCUAACCCUUUGGAUACUUCGCCCAGCCCUAGCCGACGAGGAGUGAGGUAUACGUACGGAAAGAGCAGGACUAUUGCAACGCAUGAUGAUUCACCAAAGGCAGAUGCAUCAAAAAAGGAAAGAUCUAUAUUUGACGUCGGUGAGAACGACACGGUACCCAAGAAGAAGGAUGUGAGGAGUAGACAAGAACUUCGGGAGGCUGGAGAGAAUAAGUUGUUUAAUGAUGAAAUGGAAUAUAUAACAGAGGGUCUGGGCAAGAGACAACCGUUGAAUGUACAGCGAAUUAGUGCAAUUACUCUUGCAAGGAAAUUACUUAAACCUAAAUUUAUUCAGAGGGCCAAGUCGCACAACUGGAUUCCUCGGAUAUACGAUGCUUUCCGAUGUCACCAAGAUUCGUGUUGUUUUGCUUUCGUAAUAUGCUUCCUCGUAAAAGAAGUACAGUUUGUCGAUUAUCUGAUCGGCAAGCCUGACUUUUUAAAAUUACUUGUUGGAUUCCUCGAUAUCACGUCAGAUCCACUAAUAACAACCGAUGCAGCUAUAAAGAGAUCCGAAAAAUCAUUGUUUCUAGAGAUUAAAGAGCUUGUCGGCCAAAUGGAUGAAGUCACGGAAAAGACUCAGAUUUCGCUCAAGUUUCUGUCAUUAAACGUCAUGUCGAUACUAGUAUCGGCUAAAACACGUUAUGAAGAUACAAUCAAGACCCGAUUGCGAAUAACAGGCGGAUUAACAGCCGUCGUUCGUCUACUCAAAGCAGAACUCUCUCUCCCAUCAAGCAUCUUUUGUCAAGUGUACAGAAAGGCAAAUACGAAACGUUUUUCGCGACAGCUGUCUUUAUCCAAUCCAGAUGCAACGUUAAAUCUUGAGAGAAUCGAACAGUGUUUAAAAAUACUUGAAAAAUUAACGAGCUUUUGUCCAGAAAAUCAACUCCACAUAGUGAAAAAUGAGGAAGAAUUGUUCCCUUUGAUGCUCGAAUUCCUGCUUUAUUGUCAGGUUGAAGCCUGCAACAGAGACAGUUAUGAGGCAUCUUUAGCUAUGGAAUGUCUCCUAGGAAGUCUCCGAGUUUUAAUUAAUCUCACAAAUGACAACCAGGCCUGUUGCUGUUAUGUGGGUCGACCUCCUGGAAUGUCUGUGCUCAUAAGACUUGCCAUUGUUGGACAGAUACCUUCUUCAUCGCCGUCGCUGCCAUCACCGUCGUCACCGAUCGAAAAAGGACCAGAGAUGCUCAAGAAAAAAAAUGUUGAACAAGAUGCGAAGGAGACUGUCGAGGCAGUGAAAUUUGAUGUCUUGCUGUUAAGUCUGGGGUUGUUGAUUAAUCUUGUGGAAAUGGAUGCUGGCAAUCAGGAUGCUCUGAGAGAAAUUGAACAAAGUUCCAGUUGCCCAGGCUCUUACGCAUGUCUCAGAGGUUGUACUUGUUCUUCGAGAGAGUCAGCUGUUUCGUGUCUAGUGGAUUUAUACAACUAUCAGUUGGAGAGAGAAACUAACCAGACUGAUGAUAACAUAGUAGCCGCGUAUAUGGCCGUUCUUCUUGGUCUUUUAAUCAAGGACAAUAAAUCUAAUCAAGAUGUUAUACUAAGCCGACUCCCCAACCAUUCGGUAAGCUCACUUAUCGCACUAAUACAAGAGUUUGCACAAUUCAAUGAAGUUAUUGGGGAAGAGGCGUCAGCUAACGGACAUGUGGCCAGUGGACAAAUGUUGAUGAGUGCUGGUGAGCUGGCGUUAAAGACAAAUGAUUUGCAGAUCUCGGCAGAUAAACAGAAUCAGCGCGGGAGAAGUAUUGGUGAUUCCUUCCUGGAGAUAGUUGAUAUGUUGAAACAAUUGGAAAUAGAACAGACGGUUCAGUUAGGUUAUAGGUGA